AUGCAUCAAGUUUCCAGGGAAGCGGAAACUUCUCUCAUAAUAGAGAGAGCUUCCAGCAGCACUGUGUUGGGCCAGACCAUCUGGAGGUUCACAACCUCUGCGGUCCGUAGGUGCCACUAUGAGGAGGGCCCUGGGAAGAAUUUGCCAUUUGCAGUUCAAAACAAGUGGCGGUUACUAGCCAUGAUGUAUUUGUACUUUGGAUCUGGAUUUGCUACACCCUUGUUUAUAGUAAGACACCAACUACUUAAAAAACAAGGAUGUUUCAGCUCAUCCAUUUAACAGACAUGAAGAGCAUUUCAAGAGGUUCAGUCUCUGGAAAAUGGAUCAAACUCAUAUGGCAUACUAGAUAUGUGUGUAAAUAAACUUAUGACAUGAAAAAAA